UGAAUACUUUUCCUUCCAACUGGUGUGUGCUCUAAAAUUUUAAAAUGGACAAAGAAACUCAUGAAAACGGUAAAGAAUCGGCGUCUAAACUGUGGGGCGGAAGAUUUACCCAAUCGACAAAUCCCGCUCUAGAAAAACUUAAUGCAUCCAUCGGACUUGACAAAAGAAUGUACAGCGAAGAUAUACAAGGGAGCCAAGCGUAUGCUCAAGCUUUACUCAAAAUAGAUCUGCUUACUGAAAAGGAAGCCAUCAGUAUUUGCCAGGGGUUGGAAAAAGUAAAAAUCGAGUGGGAUAAUGAAGAAUUCUUGAUUAAAGAUGGUGAUGAAGACAUCCACACGGCUAACGAAAGAAGAUUGAAGGAGCUUAUUGGAGAACCCGCUACUAAACUUCAUGUAGGAAGAAGCAGGAACGACCAAGUUGUAACUGACAUGAAGCUGUGGUUAAAGAAGAAUUUGGAAUGUUUGAGCAGGAAAUUAAAAGAUUUGAUCGUCGAAAUAGUUAACAGAUCUUCUCAUGAAAUAGACAUAAUUAUGCCUGGUUACACACAUUUGCAAAGAGCUCAACCUGUCAGGUGGAGCCACUAUCUUUUAAGUCACGCUUGGAGUUUGAAGAAGGACUGCGACCGACUGAAAGAUAUUUUAAAAUUAGUUAAUGUCAUGCCCUUGGGUAGUGGAGCGCUAGCGGGUAAUCCGUUCCAUAUUGACCGAUUGCAACUGGCAGCUUCUUUGUACUUUGACGACAUUACGCGUAACAGUAUGCAGGCUGUCAGCGACAGGGAUUUCAUUGCUGAGUUUUUGUUUUGGGCUUCGAUGGUGGGAAUUCACUUGAGCAGACUUGCGGAGGAUCUCAUUAUUUACAGCUCAAAAGAAUUCGAAUUUAUUACCAUUGCCGACUCGUAUUCAACGGGCAGCAGUUUGAUGCCUCAGAAACGGAACCCGGACAGUUUGGAACUGAUCCGGGGAAUUGGAGGAGGUUUGUUCGGUCAGUGCUGCAGUUUUAUGAUGGUCCUGAAAAGUUUGCCUUCUACGUAUAACAAAGACUUGCAAAGCGAUAAGGAAGUAAUGUUCUCUACUUAUGACAAAUUAAAAUCAAUACUGGAGGUAGCCACAGGAACAGUAAAAACUUUAAAAGUGAAUCAAGGGAAAUGUAAGGCAGCCUUGAGUUUCGAAAUGUUGGCUACAGACGUUGCCUAUUAUUUGGUUAGGAAAGGUGUGCCUUUCAGGGAGGCUCAUCAUAUUGCUGGCAAAGUUGUUUCCGAAGCUGAAAAGAAAGAAGUCAACAUAUGUGACUUAACUUUGGAGGAACUGAAAGAAAUCAGUUCUCAUUUCAGUGUGGAUAUAGGAAAAGUUUGGAACUAUGAAAACAGCAUUGAACAGUAUCAAGCCAUUGGAGGAACUGCCAAGCAAAGUGUUUUAAGACAGCUUGAUGAAUUAUAUGAUUGGCUUAAAGAAUAAAGAUACAUAAAUAAAAUUUGUUUCAA